UAUUUGUUUUAUCGUAUUGAAACAAUUGUUUGAAAAAAUGUGUUUGUGUCGUUUUUUUCAUAUGAAAAAAUCAUUUAAAAAUUAAACAACAACAAAAAUGUCAUCAAAUGGAUUCUGGUUAUUAAUCACAUUAUUUCUAUCAAUUUUAUCACAUCAAUUGACCAUUGCAGAUGAAAAGAAAGAACCUAUUGUUCAUCAUGAAUCAAGUUCCAUAUUGAUUCAUUUUACAUUGGAUCAUUUUCGUGGACCAUUGUGGAAAAUGUCCAAUUUAGUAUAUCUAAGCAAUGAUAAUAAUUCAAAUUAUCAACGACAUUUUCGGCAUUGGCCUAUUCGAAAUCGAAUCGGAUGGAAACGUUUAUGGAAUCUGGAUCGAUCGAGUAAUGGUUUGGUACGAUUGGACAACAACGAUGCAACAAUGAUCAUUCGUCGUCAUUAUUAUAACAAAAAUAAUUUUGAUAAGAAUCGUUUACAUUUUGUUAUUUCAUGUGAUAUUAACAGUGAUCAAACAAAUCGUUUUUAUAGUUUCAUACAAAAUUGUUCCCUACAUCAAAUUGAUACUAUUGUUAUACGAAAAUUGAUACGUCCAAAAUUUAAUUUAUUAUUAAAUAUUUUUCAUAAUACAACCUAUCGAUGGGAACGAACAAUUGAUUAUCAUAAUUAUCCAAUUAUGCCAACCAAAUUGGAUGAUCGAACAUCAUUACGAUUAGUAUCCGUAUUGGAAGAGAAUAAACGAAUGAUUCUAAAAUGUAUGUUUAAAAAACGUUGCAUUAUCAAACACGAAAAUCAAAGUACUUAUUAUGAUUUCGAUGUUGUUCAUCAUAAUGUUGAUGAUAAUACGGAUGAAUUGAAUUCUCGAUUUCAACGACAAUUAAUACAUGACGAUUAUGAUUACUAUGAAUACGAUGAUGUUGAUGACAAUGAUGAUGAUGAUGAUCAUCAUCGUAAAUUGAAUGAGAAAUACAUAUCGAAAUAUUCGGCUUAUUUACUAUUAACAAUCAUUAGUCUAUUCACAAUAGUAUUGUUGAUAAUGAAACAGAUUCUAAUAAAUUAUGAUUAUUUAUAA